UAAACGACACCCCCCACCACCUCCUAUGAAAAACAACAACAAUCACUAUAGCAAGGCUGGAAAAGGAGAUGGCCCCCUGAAGCUCAGUACUUUUGGCCUUUUCGCGGAACUCUUUCCUGUCCAACUGCUGCUAUUUCAACCGAAGCUUUAUAUAUCAAUGGUGCCGAGCCCAUGAACUUGGCCAGUCAGAGCGGGGAUGCUGGCGGAAGCCAGCUCCUCUUCGCCAACUUCAACCAGGACAACACGUCCCUGGCCGUUGGUACCAAAUCAGGUUACAAGUUUUUCUCCUUGUCUACUGUGGAUAAAUUGGAGCAGAUAUAUGAAUGUACCGACACGGAGGAUGUGUGUAUCGUGGAGCGCCUGUUCUCCAGCAGCUUGGUGGCCAUAGUGAGCCUGAAGGCCCCCAGGAAGCUCAAAGUCUGUCACUUCAAGAAGGGAACCGAGAUCUGCAACUACUCCUAUUCCAACACCAUACUGGCUGUCAAACUCAACAGACAGAGGCUGAUAGUCUGCCUGGAAGAGUCGCUUUAUAUCCACAACAUCAGAGACAUGAAAGUACUGCACACUAUCAGAGAGACCCCACCCAACCCUUCAGGGUUAUGUGCCCUCUCCAUCAGCAACGAAAACUGUUACCUGGCCUACCCAGGUAGUGCUACGAUAGGAGAAGUCCAGGUGUUUGACACAGUCAACCUGAGGGCAGCGAAUAUGAUUCCAGCCCACGACAGCCCCUUAGCGGCGUUAGCCUUCGAUUCAAGUGGAACCAAGCUGGCAACGGCAUCAGAGAAAGGCACAGUCAUUCGUGUCUUCUCCAUCCCAGAGGGACAGAAGCUCUUUGAGUUUCGGCGAGGAGUUAAGAGGUGUGUGAGCAUCUGCUCGUUGGCGUUCAGCAUGGAGGGCCUGUACCUUUCUGCUUCCAGCAACACAGAGACGGUCCACAUUUUCAAAUUAGAGACGCAGAAGGAGAAGCCAGCAGAGGAGCCAACCACAUGGGGAGGAUACCUGGGGAAGGUGCUGAUGGCGUCCACCACCUAUCUGCCUUCACAGGUCACAGAAAUGUUCACGCAGGGCAGAGCCUUUGCCACCGUGCGUCUGCCCUUCUGUGGGCACAAGAACAUCUGCGCCUUAGCUGUGAUUCAGAAGAUUCCCCGCCUACUGGUCGCAGCAGCCGACGGGUACCUUUACCUGUACAACCUGGAUCCACAGGAAGGAGGGGAGUGUACACUGAUGAAGCAGCACAGGUUAGACAGCAGCACUGACCCCCCCAAUGAGAUCCUGGAGCAGGGCUCCCACGAUCGCCCUCUUGUGGCUCAGACCUACAGCGCUGCAGUCACUAAAGGUUACAGCGAAGAACAGGGUGCCGUCGGAGGGGCCGGGUUAGAGGAGGAUCUCAACGAUUUGCGCUUAGAGGAGGAGAAUGAGCAACCGCCACUCAUCCUGGAAACCGAAUGACUGAACCGAUGGCCGUACUGACCAAUCAGAGGGCUCCUCUGGUGCUGCUAUGAACAUGUGACACAAAGGGUGGGGCGGGGGGGGCACAGAUCAAAGAUGGGAGGGAGGGGUGUUCAAGAAUCUGCCCGUCAGUCAGCCUGUGCGUUUCUCUUUCCACUUAUCCAUCUAUCUUCUCCUCCCUCCCUCCUCCGCUCCCCUGUCCCUUAGUUUGGCCUGCGCGGGCCAGCCUGGAGCUUUGCAUGUACAUGUGCCAACCGCUAAGAAGAAAAAAAGAAGAAAAACAUGCUCUAAUGUGAAAAUGACUACAUGUGGGUGUGAGCGUGGUCGAAAAAUAAUGUAGCUGUGUCUCCUUUUCAUGGACACACAAGCACAGAUGUAAGCACUGUGUAAAAUGAAAGCGAUUGUGUAAGUGCCUCUCUGCCCCCGCCCCCUUCCACCCCCCCCUUGUCAUGGUUUGAAAGUGGAGAGGGUCUCUUUCUGUCGGAGUAAUAAAAGUUGGUCUCCAGCUGUCUGAUCUUCUCCUGACCACCCCCUGCUGUGUCACAUGCAGUCGCACGCCGCCCCGCCAGGACUGGAGCCGCUUUGCCGCUGAGAGCUGGAGCUGAAGCUUCGUUUGUGUGAGUGUGCCGGGCAUGUACAUGAGCAAAACACCCACUAUUUAGCCACCCCGUAUCCCCACUCACUUUUACCUCGUUCAUACAGAAGAUAAGUGGACCAUCCUGAUCGCUCCCACCCCCCCCCCCCCCAAUCCCCCCAAGUCCCCCUGGCCUGAACUCAUUGGUUCAUUUCUUUUUUUUUUUUUAAAUCUCUGACGAUCAUUUUAAAAAUAAUCUCCAUAACUAAUCAUAACCGAUGACGCGUCACUCGUAUGAAAACAUGCAUGGUUUUUCGAUGUGGUACUGUGCCCAUCCAUCAGACUCUUGUGGCCGGCGGCGCUGGGUCCAGGGAGGCGCUCAGAUGUCCGGUCGCUCUUCAUCCUGCUGUAACUCUACUCGGUGCGUUUACUAGUUGUGGCAAAAAAAAAUAUACCUGCGCCCAGUUGUUAGGUUAUGAUUUCAAGUCAGCGCUUACCCCCAGGAAAAGGAAAAGUGGAUGUUUGACCUGGGAGUGAACAGGCCGGGCCUCGCCGACUGGUCCAGGAUGCUGCACGACUCCCUGUUAAUCCUGAGCAAGGAUUGGCCGUGGGGGGGUUUUGGAGCGUCAGGCAUUUUCUAAUGAUUUUGUAUAAAAUGUGAAACAUUCAUCUGAAACAAAAAUGAAAAUAAAUUCUGUAUUGAUGUA